UGUAGAUACCUUUCUUCUUUGUUUCCUUUUUUGUAUUUUGUUAAUAAGUAACAAUUCAUAGUAAAAAUUUAUCUAUUUCCCCCUCUCAAUAUAUAUAUAUAUAUAUAUCAAUAUCAAUAUACUUACUUUUAAAAUUACUUGGUAUAUUGAAACAGUUAAUGCUAGUUUAUUUCCAUUGCAGGCAAGCAACAUGUGACAGAGUUUCCAAAGAGCGGAAUUUUACCAUCGUUCCCUCCUCUGAUGACUAUGAUGUCAUAGCAGGACAGGGUACAAUAGCGGUUGAAUUUUUGAAACAAGUACCAGAUUUGGAUGCCAUCCUGGUUCCAGUGAGUGGUGGAGGAAUGAUCUCAGGGAUUGCAAUAGCAGCUAAAGCUAUCAACCCAGAUAUCAAAGUGUUCAUGGUUGAACCAGAAGGGAAGAUGUGUGAGGAAUGUCUUAGAGCAGGUGAGAGACUUUGGCCAAAUCCUCCAAGAUUUCUAAACACGAUCGCAGAUGGAAUAAGACUACAACAGUUGGGGGAUCUGACAUGGCCAAUUAUUCUAGAACUCGUGGAAAAGGAUGUCUUUUCUGUGAUAGAUGACGACAUUGUGAAAGCUAUGAGAUUUGUUUUUGAAAGAAUGAAGUUGGUGAUUGAGCCAGCCUCUGGAGCAGGGGUAGCUGCAGUGAUGUCUGAGAGACUGGCCACCAUGGACCUCGGCCUGAGGAAUAUAGGGGUUAUACUGUGUGGAGGGAACGUUGACAUUGACCAUCUACCUUGGUGCUGAAGAUUGUAACUGUGAACAGUAUUGGAUGAUAUCUAUAACACUGACAUUUAUCUAACUAGGAAAAGUAUUGGAUGAUAUUUAUAAUGCUGACAUUUAUCUUACUAGGAAAAGUAUUGGAUGAUAUUUAUAAUGCUGAUAUUUAUCUAGAUAGUAAAAGUAUUGGAUGAUAUUUAUAAUACUGAUAAUUACUUAACUAGGAAUAGUAUUGGAUGCUAUUUAUAAUACUGAUAAUUAUUUAACUUGGAAUAGUAUUGGAUGCUAUUUAUAAUACUGAUAAUUAUUUAACUUGGAAUAGUAUUGGAUGAUAUUUAUAAUACUGAUAAUUAUUUAACUAGGAAUAGUAUUGGAUGAUAUUUAUAAUACUGAUAAUUAUUUAACUAGGAAUAGUAUUGGAUGAUAUUUAUAAUACUGAUAAUUAUUUAACUUGGAAUAGUAUUGGAUGAUAUUUAUAAUACUGAUAAUUAUUUAACUUGGAAUAGUAUUGGAUGAUAUUUAUAAUACUGAUAAUUAUUUAACUAGGAAUAGUAUUGGAUGAUAUUUAUAAUACUGAUAAUUAUUUAACUUGGAAUAGUAUUGGAUGAUAUUUAUAAUACUGAUACUUACUUAACUUGGAAUAGUAUUGGAUGAUAUUUAUAAUACUGAUAAUUAUUUAACUUGGAAUAGUAUUGGGUGAUAUUUAUAAUACUGAUAAUUAUUUAACUAGGAAUAGUAUUGGAUGAUAUUUAUAAUACUGAUAGUUAUUUAACUUGGAAUAGUAUUGGAUGAUAUUUAUAAUACUGAUAAUUAUUUAACUAGGAAUAGUAUUGGAUGAUAUUUAUAAUACUGAUAAUUAUAGGAAUAGUAUUGGAUGAUAUUUAUAAUACUGAUAAUUAUAGGAAUAGUAUUGGAUAAUAUUUAUAAUACUGAUAUUUAUAGUGGUACUUAUGGUAGGAGUCUUCAUGCAUAUUAGUUUUAUCCGAAAUAUAUUAUGUACAUUUGUUGCAUUGAUUUUACAUUAUGAAUAUAUUCAUUAUCAAUUCU